AUGGCGGCUCCCUUGGUGCUGGUGCUGUUGGUGGCCGUGACCGUCCGGGCCGCGCUGUACCGCUCCAGCCUGGCCGGCCUCAUCUCCGAGAGGGUGGAGGUGUCGUCCCCUUUGAAUGCCUGGAAGCGAGUGGUAGAGGGGCUAGCCUUGCUUGACUUGGGUGUGUCUCCGUAUUCUGGAGAUGUCUUUCAUGAAACACCACUAGUAAUAUACCUCUUUCAUUUCCUGAUUGAUUAUGCUGAACUGGUAUUUAUGAUAACAGAUAUGUUGACUGCUGUAGCCCUCUAUUUGGCUGUUCAGGACUACAACAAAAUUCUAUUCAAAAAACAGAAGCUUCUAAUAGAACUGGAUAAAUAUGCACCAGAUGUGGCAGAGCUUAUUCGGACUCCCAUGGAAAUGCACUAUAUCCCUCUCAAAGUAGCACUGUUCUAUCUCUUAAAUCCGUACACUGUGAUGUCUUGCAUUGCAAAGUCCACCUGUGCCAUCAACAACACUGUAAUUGCGUUCUUCAUUUUGGCAACAAUAAAAGGCAGUGCCUUCCUUAGUGCUGUAUUUCUGGCGUUAGCAACAUACCAGUCCCUCUACCCUCUCACUCUGUUUGCACCGGCCCUUCUGUAUUUACUGCAGCGCCAGUUCAUACCAGUGAAAAUGAAAAACAAAGACUUCUGGUUUUACACUGUGCAGUAUGCAGGGCUGUAUUUGGGAAGCCUGGUGGUGAUUGUUUGCCUCUCCUUCUUCCUUCUGAACUCUUGGGAUUUUAUCCCAUCCGUUUAUGGUUUCAUCCUUUCUGUUCCAGACCUGACCCCCAAUGUCGGACUCUUCUGGUAUUUCUUUGCUGAGAUGUUUGAGCAUUUCAGCCUCUUCUUUGUGUGCGUCUUUCAGAUCAACGUCUUCUUCUACACCAUUCCCUUGGCAGUGAAACUAAAGGAGCACCCUGUUUUUUUCAUGUUUGUUCAACUUGCUAUCAUUUCCAUCUUCAAGUCCUACCCAACUGUGGGAGACAUCUCCCUCUACAUGGCCUUUCUUCCACUCUGGAGCCACCUAUACCGAUUCCUCCGGAACAUCUUCAUCCUCUCCUGCGUACUCAUUGUCUGCUCCCUGCUCUUUCCGGUUUUAUGGCAUCUCUGGAUCUAUGCGGGAAGCGCCAACUCCAAUUUUUACUACGCUAUCACACUGACGUUCAACGUAGGGCAGAUUUUACUCAUCUCGGACUAUUUCUAUGCCUUCCUGCAGAGGGAGUACUACCUCACUCAUGGACUCUACUUAACGAGGAAAGAUGGCACAGAGGCUAUGCUGGUUCUCAAAUAAUCCUGCUAUCCAACAAGACUUGGAGAACAGACUGAA